AUGAGUAGUAAGACAACACUUAACUUUAUAAAGAACUUUGUACCAAGACUUAGAAGUACAAACCAAGGCAUCGUUGGUAUCAAUGUUAGCAAAGGUGUCUUCAACGGUAACAACACCAUCAAGACUGGUGACUUUGUCCGACAAGCAUCCGUGGCAAUCCUCCUAAGACUACGUGAGAGAUCAUCAAACACUCCUUGUAUAUUCAAAUGUACAUGUAAUACAAGAGAUAAUAUGCACUCUGUUCAAUGUUUGGAACAUUAUGUUGCAAAGUCAACUGAUAAUGGUACAUCAGAGAAUGUAACGGCAGAUAUACUUUAUGGAAAGAAGUCUGAGAGAAUUAGAAGGAGAGGUGAGGUAUGCUUCCCUGGUGGCCACAUUGAGAAGGGUGAAACACCAAAGGAUGCUGCUGAGCGAGAGACCCUCGAAGAGAUGGGCAUCGACCUGAAAGGAGAGGAGUAUUCCUAUAUCGGUCGACUUGAUGAUCGUGUCACCUUUGACAAGAUUGGACUCUACACCUUUGGUAUGCUACCCUUCCAUUCAUUCAUACAAACAUCAUCAGACUAA